CAAUUGCUAUUUAGUUUUUCAUUUUUUUGAAAGCUAUCACUAUAAAAGCAUUCAUACCUCCUUUUCUAGCUUAUUGAUCGAACAUCUUUUAGAGAAAAUGUAUCGAGAGGCUGCCGUGUUUGUAACUAUCGUAACAUUAGGCUUAGGUUCAUUACUGGAUGGAGAUUUUGACAUAACUGAUGGUGUUAAACUAGUCAGUACACCAGUGUCUAAUAGUAUAGAUGAAGGCAGAUCUUUCGAUAAUUCGCCAUUAUACCGAAUGGCCAAAUUCCUACAAGGACACGAACUACAUGUCAAAUUGCCGAACAUAAUCGAAAAGGAUAAAAUAAGUAAUUUGUUGGCCGAAUCUUUGAAGAUCGUGGAUGAAUCUUACAAGAGUAAUAAUGCGACUGGUAGAGGCAAGGGUGACGGCGGAGGUGGUCUGGCGCUGCUGGGUCUCAUGUUUGCGAAGACUAUAGGAGCAGCAGGUAUCGGCGGCUUGGGUCUACUUACUAUGAAGGCGCUAGCAGCAUCAGCGCUUGCAUUAAUGCUGUCAGCUAUCGUGGGCGUCAAGAAACUCGCUUCCCACGACGACCACGAUGAUCACCAAGUAAUCUACGCAGGGCACGGACAUCACCGGAAGAGGAGAGACAUUGAUACACCACUACCUUACAGGGGAUGGACACAAUACAAACAAGAAAACAAAAGAAGACUUUAAUAUACAGAAAUAUAUUGAUGAUAGUAGCGAGAAU